AAUUGACCUUGACGCGCCGCGGUGCUAUGAUGUAAGUUUUUCACUCAUUAUCAGUCGCUCUUCUCACCGGGCCGGAGCAUAAUCUUAUCAAAAUUUUCAAAACGUGGGUGCAAAUCAUAGAAACUGAUGAGUUUUCUGAAAACGUUGAACUAAUUUCAUGGUUUGGAGCAUUUUGGAUAAGGCACAAUGACCGGCAAAAGUUUUUUGCUCUUUUUGCUGCCGGCUGCGGUUCUGCUGGGCGGCCAGGGCGACGCCGCUCGCAUCCUCGGCUUUUUCCCAGUGCCCGGCAAGAGCCACAUGAUCGUCUUCUCCGCCCUGACGAGGGCACUGGCCGAGCGGGGUCACGAGCUGGUCGUGGUCAGCACCUUUCCUCUCAAAGACCCGCCGCCCAACUACACAGACGUCAACCUCUGGGACACUUUGAAACACAUUUACGAGGAAAUGACCAACGAGAAUCUGUAUGAGUUUGCAAACAUGCCCAACAUUGUUGUUCCAUUUUUCUACUGGAUGGAAGGCGUGAAUGUCAUUGAUUUGGUUUUGCACGACCCGAACGUCACUGAAGUGAUUAACGAUAAGAAGGGGUUCGAUUUGAUCCUCGCCGAAGAUUUCAUGUCGGACGCCACAUUUGGACUCUCACACCAUUUCAAGGCCCCUCUAGUUUUGAUCUCUUCAAUGGGCGGUUUCCACAUGUCCAACUAUGCAGUGGGCAACGAGGCGCCGGCAUCCUACGUUCCAAACGCAAUGCUGACCUACGGCUCGAAAAUGACCUUCUGCGAGCGCCUAGUCAACACGUUAUUCCAGUGGUACUGGGACAUCGGAAGCGAAUUCUACUACUUCCCGAUGGCCGAAAGAUUGAAAAACGAAAUCUUCCCCGGCGCUCCGUCGAUCCACAAACUGCGCAGAAGCGCCAGUUUGGUUCUGCUCAACAACCACUUUUCCCUCAACUACCCGCGACCUUUGGUGCCCAACCUGAUCGAGGUCGGCGGAAUGCACGUCAAACCCCCGAGCAAACCUCUGCCGAAGGAUAUCCAGGAAUGGCUGGACGGCGCCAAAGACGGAGCGAUUUAUUUCUCCAUGGGGUCCAAUUUGAAGGGGACUUUGUUCCCCGAGGAGCAGAGAAAGGCCUUAGUGCAAGCGUUUGCUGAUCUGCCGCAGAGGAUUUUGUGGAAAUGGGAAACCGAUUCAAUCCCCGACCAGCCGAAAAACGUCAAAGUCGCAACGUGGAUGCCGCAACAAGAAAUAUUGGCACAUCCAAAUGUAAAACUGUUCAUAACGCACGGCGGUCUUCUCGGUGCUCAAGAGGCAAUGUACCACGGCAUCCCUCUGAUCGGAAUUCCAGUUUUCGGCGAUCAGCAUUUGAAUGUAAAAAGAGCUGAACAAAGCGGAUACGGACUGAAACUCGAUUUGAAUGACAUCAAUAAAAGAAACGUUUUGUUUGCGAUCCACCAAGCACUGCACGAUAAUAAGAUUUCCGUCGAGGCCAAACGGAGAUCAAAAGUUUUCCACGACCAGCCGGAAACUCCUCUGGAACGGGCGAUUUUCUGGGUCGAGUACGUCCUGCGGCACAAAGGAGCGCCGCACCUAAGAUCGGCAUCUCUUGACCUGCACUGGACGCAGGUUGCGUUGCUCGACGUUUACGCCGUUAUCAUUCUAUUCAUUUUCAUCUCACUUUUCAUUCCUUACUUUUUAGUCAAAAAGAUUUGCUGCAAAAGCAAAGCUAACAAUUCUGUCCAAAGUAAGAAGAAAAAGCAAUAAAAUUAACAGUAUUGUGUCUUUUUAAUUAA